GUCCUGUCCACCCUCACACACAUUGACUUGACUGGCAUAUAAGUAUCUUUUUCGCCCAUCAAGCUGCCUGCCCCUCGGGAACUGAAUUGUCCCUCACUGAAUCUGUGACUGAGCGGCCGCAAUCCUCUCCUGCAGUGCCUGCAGAAGCCUCGUCAGCUCCCCACGCACCAGUCUGUACAACGGCUCGCUAUCCUCUGACUCGCCACCCAUCCUGUCACUCGACUUGAAGGCCUCCCAUGCGAAUGUCCGCCGCUCGCCAGCGGGCACCUCAAGCAACUGACCACACACAUCCACAUGCAGCGGCUGAAACUGUCCCUGGUGUGUGUGCUUACCUCCCAUAGUGUGGUUAGUCGUGUCUUGGGGGUCUUGCUGUGCCUGUCCGCCGCUCCGUCCGCCGCCUGUUCCUCAGCUUCCACUACGUCUAUGGGGCUGGCUUGUGAUGGUGGUGGUGGAGGUGACGUAAGUCGUGGGAUCAGCAUGGGUGCUACGGAUGCCUCCUCGUACAGGCACUCCUGAACGAGAGGCAGCGUGUCUCAUCACUUAGCACGCGGAACAGUGCAUGUGUGUGGUUCUGUCAGCGCUCACGAGAAAGGUGCGCUUGAGUCGUUUGUCGAACGUGGCGUCUGUGUGGGCCCGCUCGUCAUGGCACCUGCAGUCAGUCAACCAGACAGCGGGGAAAGGUAAGGAAGCCAGCCAAGCCCAGACCUACCUCUUGUGCAGCAUCAGUUUGGUCCUUCGGAGGGUGUCCUUCAGCGCCUCACGCUCCUGCAUACGCCACACCCUUGUCCAGACGCUCCUCCUGCGUGCCUGCCUGCCGUGACGCACUAUCCUACUUACUUGUGUAGUGGAUUUCUUGGUCUCUUCCAACGUCCAGUCGCGCUGUGUCUUCUGCGAGUCGCCAUACACCUGGUAGGCCUCCUGCACACCUCCAAACAUCCUCAUACGGGUGAGACAAACAAGCAAACAAAGAGGAUAUAGGUACCCUUAGGUGUGCUAUUUUGCCGUCGGCCUGCUUCCUGAGGGCCUGCAGCAUGUGCUCACGCAUCGACUUGACGCUCUCAUACUGAAGCGAUACAGCCCACAAUACGUCUGUCUGUCAGAAAGCGAUGUUCCUCAGCCACCCACCCUCUGACGGGCGAUCUCUCUGAUCCUCGCCUGCUUCGCCAACACGAGCCCCUUAAUCGCCCGCAUAUACGCAGCCUGAAUGAGACAUGGAAGCGCCGCAUCUUUGAGAUUCUUGUCAUGAGGAUAUUCCCCUCCUACUUGGAUCUUGAGUGGGUGCGGUGGGCCAUCCGCGUCUUGGUUCUCUUCAACUGAUCCGUCCAAGACGGCCCUGAUUGAAGGCGGCAAGCCGGGCAACUCGGAAGCGGACGUCAGGAAGCCGCGGAACUCCUCUGACUGGCCCCACUCACCAGGCUGAUGGAUCCGAUCCAUCACAUCAAUCCACAGGUGCGUAUGCAUUCCGUCAGCAAUGUUUGGGCUAUUAUGAUGUGUGUAUACCUCUGUCCGCAUCGACCGGCCCGACUGCGAUGACUGCGCUUCGUCUGCUGCUGGCGGCGGGCUGGCCUUCAUCUCACUCUCAACCUGCACAUGCACAUGCAGCAGCAGCCGCCACGGCCGUGUGCAGUGCCUAUAUUUCGCUGCCUGACCUGGUUGGCGAUGUCCCUGAUGGUCAUGUGUUGGUCGAGGAUCCUCUCGUACAUGCCCUCCACGUCGCACUGACACCCGGACAGCCGCUGCAUCCCCUCCAUCUCUUCCAACACGCUGACUUGCGCACUCCGAAGCUCAGCCAGCCUCGACUUGAAGUCCUCCAUCUACACCGACAGAUCGACACGGCGAUGGGAUGCACACAGCAAUCAGCCACCCAUCCUGGGCCAUCCAUCCAUCCAUCCAUCCAUCAGUUUUCCAUACCUGUGCAUUGCUCUGCGUGAGCAGCUUCUCGUGCAUGGCGCGUGAUGUGUCCUCGAAGGACUGGUGUAGCCGAGAUGCCGCCAUCGCCCUGUGCUCCAACAGCUCGUCAAACUGGAGCAGCACCUGACAAUCCAUGCAGUGCACCACACGAGGAGUAAGGCGUGCAGUGAGGGCCCUGUUGGUCUGUCUGUCUGUGUAGCUACUGACCUGCUGGGGAUCAGAGUUGAGUGGCGCGCCCAUCUCCUUCACCUCACUGUAGAUGCGAUGCAGCACAGCCUCAAACCUCUCCCGGACAGUAUCAUCAUCUAUAGCAGGGGCAGCAUCUGUGGCCGUCCUUUGCGACUUGGAUGCUGCAGACACCAUCUGACAAGCAGAUCGAGAGAAUAGAGUGAGAGAGAGCCACCCGGUGCACGCGUAUGUACCUACCUGGACUUCCAUCUGCAGCAUGUAUCGCUUGACCACCUCUGUGAAUCUGUGGAUGAGCCGCUCGCCCUCCAACACCUUCUGCCGGUAGCGCAGCUCCUCAUCACUCCUGGAACAAAGGAAGCAGCAUCCAUCCAUCCAUGCACAUUCCCCAUCGUCCUCGAUCUUUACUUCUUCUCGUCUGUCAUGCGUCUGUACGCUGCAUCGGUCGCCUCCAGCAGCAGCUCCAAAUCCUCCACACACACACACAAGAGAAUGACACCAUGAAUGUGAGCAUAAGGCGUGACCCCUCGCUCACCUGACGUUUGGCCUCUCGGCUCUGCAGCAGCUCCUCCUCGAUAGAUCUGGCCAGAUGCUGGGCCUCACUCUCCAUUGCGGAUGAUUUCGACCACCGUCUCGCGGUGCGCUUGUCCUCCACACACACACACACAAAUCCGAAACCGCCGGCUGGAAAGCUGGCUUGAAAGCUGGCGUCCAUCCGGAGAGCUGCCUUUCCGUUUGGAAAGCUGGCCUUCUGCCUGCAAAGCUGGCUUUCCGUAGCGCUGGCUGGCUUUCUGUGUGUCUGGCCAGCUUUCUAGUGGAGGGCCAGCUUGCCGGCCGAAGCACCAGCGCACCAGCUUUUCGCCGCACCUCGUCGGGUA